CCCCCCCCCCUCGCCGGCCUCGUCCCCCCUGUCGCGGCAGCCCGCUUGUCCCGGCCCGCGCGCGCGCGCACCAUGUCCUCGCAGUCUGGCACGCCGCCGCCCCUCGGGCUCUUCGUCGAGCGCUGGGUCAGCAAUCCGAUGUCCGACUGGACCACGGUGGACUGGAUGAACUCCGGCAUUCUGCUGGACACUUGCCACCAUCCGCACCGGGAUCCCGAUGUCCCGAUUUCCCUGUGCCUGGUGUGCUUCUCGCGGCACUGGUUCAACUUCCUGGAAGCACACUCCUUCUUCUUCCUGCCGCCGGCGCACUAUGGCGGCCCGCUCCCGGCAUACGUGGUCCCGGACUACGGGUCAACUGCCCACCUGCCGGGGAGCGAGCUGCAGCUGUGCCAUGCCCCGCGGCUGGACGUGUCGCCCAUCGUUUUGGCCAUCAGCCUGGCCCGGGCCCCGGGGAUAGGGGGCUCCGGGGCCAAGGCCGACACCGCCGCCGCCCCCGCCCCCGCCGCCGCCCCCGCCACCACCACCAGUGCGGUCGAGCGUCCAGCCGCGCCGCUGCGACUCUUCCAGGCACUGCCCUUCCGUGUGGCGGAUCCGGCCGUCCGGUCGAUCCCGGCGGCCGGCGGCGCAGCCACCCCACCGGGCCCAGCCCCGGCCCCGGGCGCAGGCCCCCCUGCUGCCGCCGCCGCCGCCGCCGCCGCCGCCGCCCCCGGCCCACCGACCACCGCCGCCACGUCCCUCUAUUUUCUCCUUCAGUCCCCGCCGCAGGAUUCGAAUGCCCGAAGCUCGGCGCAGAAUCUGCGCCGGCGAUCGCGCGUCCGCGAGCGCGUCCGCAAAGCCGCCCAGCUGGAGUUCGGCUACUACGACCCGGCCAACAUGCCGGACCUGCAUCUGUCCUCGCGGCCGGCCCCGGGCGGCGACGGCAGCGGGGGCGACGACCCAGCCGGUCCGGCCGGCUCAUCGACCACGCCGCCGCCCAUGCCGCCGGUUCCCCCGCACCAGGAGAACUAUCUGUACUUUCCGCCGCGCAUCCGGCCGAUCGCCGAUGUCUCGGCCUUUUGCCGAGCCGGUGCCGUGGCCGCCCGGCGCCCUUCGCCCCCCUCCAAGCGGGAGCCCGACACAUUCCCCCUCUCGGCUAUGGACGCUGCGCAGCAGCAUUCACAGCCUCAGCAGCAGGCCCAGCAGCAGCAGCAGCAGCAGCAGCAGCAGCGACAGUAG